UCUCUCCAAACACCAAAAAUGAGAAACAGAAACGCAUUGUAUCCAUUUGUUUUGUGAUUGCCCACCUUCCUUUCGUUUUUUCUAUACUAAGGAAAAUAGAUUUUAUUCUUAAUGUCAUAAUCGCGACAUGACGAAUGUGAACAACAAUGCAGCAGCGGCAGAGUCCUCGCAGGCGGAAGCUGGUGGUGGCAAAAAUGAGCCGCCCCCGCCGCCUGCACCGCCAAAUCCCGAUCUUCAUGCUGGGAGCAAGGUAUACAAAAGUGGCCCACUAUUUUUGUCAUCAAAAGGAAUUGGUUGGACAUCGUGGAAGAAAAGGUGGUUCAUUUUAACUCAAACUUCCUUGGUCUUCUAUAGAAGUGAUCCGAACGCAGUUCCUCAAAAAUCGAGUGAAGUCAACUUAACCCUUGGAGGCAUUGAUCUUAACAGUUCAGGCAGUGUGGUAGUAAAAGAAGACAAGAAGUUGAUCACUGUUCUCUUCCCUGAUGGUCGAGAUGGACGAGCCUUCACACUCAAGGCGGAAACAAUGGAGGAUUUGCAUGAGUGGAAGGCAGCACUUGAAGAAGCCCUCUUAAAUGCCCCCCAUGCUACUGCUACGGGACAGAAUGGCAUAUUCAAGAAUGAUCAGUUAAAUGCCGCCGACGCUUCUUCCGAUCAAAGUAAAGACAAACAAACAGCUAAAUCCUUGGUAAUUGGGCGACCAAUUUUACUUGCCUUAGAAGAUAUAGAUGGCACUCCAUCCUUCUUGGAGAAGGCUCUUAGGUUUCUUGAGGACUAUGGAUACAAAACCGAAGGCAUCUUGAGGCAAGCGGCUGAUGUUGAACAUGUUGAACGCCGGAUAUCAGAAUAUGAAAAAGGGAAAAAUGAGUUUUCGCCAGAUGAAGAUGCACAUGUCAUAGCUGACUGUGUAAAGUAUGUGAUCCGGGAGUUGCCUUCAUCUCCGGUCCCUGCUUCUUGCUGUAAGGCUCUCGUUGAAUCUUAUCGAACUGACCGUGGCAUAAGAAUAGCUGCUAUGCGGUCAGCAAUAUGUGAAACAUUUCCAGAGCCAAAUCGCCGCUUAUUACAAAGAAUUCUUAUGAUGAUGCAAUUAAUCGCUUCCCACAAGACAGUAAACCGAAUGAGCAUUUCGGCUGUGGCAGCUUGCAUGGCUCCCUUGCUUCUUCGCGCUCUUUUUGCUGGUGAAUGCGAACUUGACCAUAAUGUUGAUGUAGGAGCUGAUGGCUCUUUACAACUCAUGCAAGCAGCUGCUGCAGCUAACCAUGCUCAAGCCAUUGUUAUUACUUUACUGGAAGAAUAUGAAAAUAUAUUUGGGGAUGUAUCUGCAUCACAUGAACCUUACACUGAUUCAGAUGAAAGUGAAACUGAAAGCGAGGAAAUGACAGAUGAGGAUGAUGAUGAGAGCUUUGAGGAUGAUGAGAGCUUUGAGGAGGAGGACAUGGAUGAAGAGUUGGAGCAUGGAUCGGGAGCUAGUAGUGAGAAUGGUGAACACAAACACAGUGAAAAGGUCACGAGAAAGGAUAGCUCAGGUUCUAAAUCUCCUCAUGUGGAUGAUGUUCUUGAAGCUAACCAACAUCCACGUCAGACCUCAUUGCCUCGACAUGAUAGCACAGAAGGAACCGGCUCUGUUCAUGAUGUGGAUGAUGCAAAUAUGCAAUCAUUAGGCGCUGAUGAAACAUCCAUUGCAUCAGUUGAAUUACCUCAAGGGCGUAGUACACGCAGUCUGAGACCUUCUGCCUUUUUAAUCCAGGGAAAGAAGAACCUUUCUAUGGAGUCGAUUGACCUUCCUUUGGAAGACGACGCUGCAAUACGAAAGCUUGAGUUUCUUCAAACAGAUCUACAGUCCAAAAUUUCUAAUGAGGCUGCAAAUAAUUCUAUUCUUCAAGAUGGCCUGGAUGCACGGAAGUAUGAAUUACAGGAACGUCGUUUAUCUCUUGAGAAAGAUGUGGCAGGAUUGCUACAGAAGUUGCAGAAGGAGAUCGAGUUGAAGAAGGCACUUGAAGCUUCACUCAGAAUAUCACAGCUGCCUCUAACUUUCUCACCACUUAUCGAUGAUAAGGUGAAGGAAGAGCUGGAUGUAGUCAAUGAAGCAGAAUCAAACCUUACAUAUUUAAAAGAGAAGGCUGAUGAUCUUGAAAUUCAGCUUAGACAAAUGUGUGAGCAUAACUGCAAGAUUGGGGAGGAUAUAAGCAAUCAGCUCCUACAGAAUUCAAACCAACUGAAGUCGUUCAAUAAAGAUGGUGGACAGUCUUCUGAGAAUUUGUCUAGAAGUAAGUCUGACAAGCAAGGCAGUGGCAAAAAUAAGAAACGAGAAUUAGCUUCUUCACUUCACUUACCAUUUACUCAGAACCAGCAUGCAGAUUCUGCGCACAAACCUCACGCAGAGGCGAGCACUACAAGGUCUAGCUCGAGAAAGUCUAGCAAGGGUGAGGGUUCUAAUUCUACCAAUGCUCUGUCAAAGCUGACAAACCGACUUAACUUCUUAAAGGAACGACGCUCACAAAUUGCAACCGAGCUCCAAAGUUUGGAUAAAGGUCGCAAUGAACAAGGUGGGGAUCAUGAUCGUCGCCACCACCAUCAAGACCCAAGAGGAAAACCAUCUGACAGAAGCCAACAUGGUGAUAAAUCAAAAAAACGAGAGGAGCCUCCCAAUCUCGAACAGGGAAAGUCUGAAAGCUUCACCGGUGAUAAAGCUUCUUCUAAAUUUCCUCCGAGGACAUUUUCUAGGUGAUUCAUUCAAUAAUAUAUCUCUACUCUGGAGCAGAUAACAAUAUUCUUUUGUAUUUUUUCAUUCUUUUUUAGGGAAGUUUAUUUAAUUGGUAAUUAUAGCAAAUAAACUUUGGUUUUGAGGUACAAUAACCUUAAUAAAGAUCACCAGGCUUCAAAAAUGUGUUUUCCAUCGUCGACCUUAUCUUGAGAAUAAAGUACAACGAAA